CGGUGUCAACGGCGGCAGAGGAGGAGGAUGGCGUCAGGACUGGUAAUGAAUCACGAUCUCUCCAAGAUACUGAACGAGCUUUGGAAAGCUGAUGUGAAUCGGCUGCUGCCUGGGGUAGACUACCAAAUAUCUGUGCAGGGUAAGGCCUCUUAUGUCGCCGCUGGCAGCAACAAUGCAAGGGACUGUGCCCGACGUCCACUGUUCUCCUACGUAAACGAGGAGCGUCUGCGGACUAUUAAAUCCUUUGCAGCAUUCACUGCCCUCCUGGAUAACUAUGAAAUGUCGACUGGAAUUGCUGAGGUGGUGACCCCUGAGGAAAUGGCUGAAAACUUUCGCUUUCUUGACGCAAUUCUGGAAACGGAGGUCAUGCAGUUGGCUCACCAGUACCUGGUCAGUAAAAAUCUAACAUCAGCCGAUCCACAGGAGUUCAAGCAGCAUCUCUACGACAUCUGGUUCCGGUUGUACUCCAGAGGUGGUGGCCGUGGACAAGACUCCUCAGGGUUUGAGCAUGUGUUUGUGGGAGAGACCAAGCGAGGGAGAGAGAUCAUGGGGCUCCACAACUGGGUCCAGUUCUACCUCCAGGAGAAGCGCAACCACAUUGACUACAAAGGCUUUGUGGCAAGGAGAAACAAAAACAAGCCUGAUGAAGAUGAUCACGUCUUGAGCCUGCAGUUCAGCUGGAAGGAGAUGGUGAAGCCCGUGGGCAGUUCCUUCAUCGGGGUCAGUCCCGAGUUUGAGUUCGCCCUCUACACCAUCUGCUUCCUCCUGUCACAGGACAAGGUCUCACGGGAACUGGUGAUGGUGGACGAAUACCACCUGCAAAUCGUCGUGUAUCGGCAUGGCAAGUACAUCGGAUCAUCAUACCCUAUCCUUCUGAGCAACAACAACACCCCCUUGGAAUGAGCCACAGAGCCAGGGUGGCUUCCACUCAGCUCAUUGCCGAAUCCGUCCAGAGAGCAGGUGUACUGAUGCUGGGAAGUUUCCACGUUGCAUGCCUUGUACUAACUUCCUGCACUUUCUGCCAGAGUGCCUUACCGCAAUGCCCCCGGUACCCUGCUCCAGCUUGCUCUUCUGCCCCCUCACGCCCCCUCCCCCCCCCAUUCCCCUCUGUCCCACCAUUCUCUCUGUGAUAAAUGAAAGGAAUUUGUUUCUGUGUAAAACAUGAUGCCAAAGCAAGCUUUGGAUUUAAGAAUCAAAUUAUUUUUUCAUUUAGUUCAUGUUUGAAUGGAUCCGAUCUCCAAACCACUUCCCAAGAAAACAUCAUGAUGGGACUAUUUUUUGAUACGGUUGCAGGGUAUUGUGCAAUCGAUUUCUCUUUUAAAUUGCAUUAUAAUUCAGAAAUGGCCAGAAGCAAUGCAGAGUGUCAGAGCAGCUUUAUCGUGGCCUGGAGCCUCUGUCACCUGUAAACCAUUCAGUUACUGAAAUCCUGGACAAAAUGAUUUCCAUCUCUGAGACACUGGGGCAGUUACUGGAGCACAGACCACAUUUUUAGCAAGACUAUUCCUUCUGAAAGCAUUGGAAGGGAAAUGUCUUUUUUUUAAAUGACUUAAGUUUAUACAUUUGCAUUGCAGCUUCUAGUUACUGUAUGUAGGAGGCCAUUUGAAAAAAAGUUUGUAUCUUAAACGUAAAUCGGAUUUGUUAUGUUUCAUUUCCUCAACUGCCUUUUCCGUAGGAUUCAGUGCUUUAGAGUCAAUGCUGCCUUACUACAUUGUGUUAGUGCUUCUACCAAUGAAAUUAUUCGUAUUUAACUUUUUAAAUGUUAAUUUUAAAAUCUACACAACUUUUGACAUUUCACUUUGAUGUUUAAAAGUAAUUCCCUGGUUUACACUUUGUCUCCAGAGCACCCAUUCCUCCUGUCUGCCCGUCUCAAUAUUGAGGAUGUUGAUGAUGAGUAGAUGAGGCCACAGUGCGAGCAGUUCCAGGGUAAUUCCCGGGGCUGUGGGAUGAGGUCUUCCAGCAGAGACUGGAGUCUUUAAACUGUCCGUCAGUCAGAAUGCUUGGUGUUGUUGCCCUGGCAACCACUGUAGUGGGAGAGGAGUUAUGGCAGUUUGGUGUUGGACAGUUUGAUACAAAUGGUACAAGUCCUUGUUAGAAAAUUCUAUUGGUCUUUGUUGUCCUCUGGUCUCCAUUCUGCAAUUUGGUAGAAUUAUUGAAUACAAGUUUAUUUUUAGAAACAUUAUCCAUUCGCUUUAUGCAAUGCAUGUGCAACUUUUUACAACCGACAAGCCUUUAAUAAAAUUAUGGAUGAAAUUUGA